GCUUUGAAGAAAGUAAAAGCAAUGUAAGGGCCAUUUGUUGUUCAAAUAUUGGUAUAGGUUCAAGUUUAGAAAGUGAAAAUAUGUCUCGAACUGCUUUCAGUUUGGAAUUAGAUUGUAAGCUUUUAUCUAAUGUAAUUAAUACAUUGUAUUUGACAGAAAUCAAGAAUAAUAUAGAAUUAGAUUUGGAGUUGUUAGAGUUUAUAUGUUUAUUAAACUUUGAAAAAGACAUUACUUCUAUUAGUUGUUCUUUACCUGAUGAGCCGCUUAUUGGUUUACAAUUCGAUUCUUGGGAAGUUGCUAAACUUUAUAUAAGAGAAUAUGGAAAGAAGAGAGGAUUUGUAGUCAAGAGAUAUAGAGUGCAAUUGUUAUCUGAUGAUAGAUCACUUGAAAGUAAUGGUAUAUAUAUGGGUCUUAUGAACCUUGAACAUAAUCAUAACUUAAAUAUUAAUAAUGUAAAGUUUGCUGCUAUAUUCCGAAAAUUUGAUCAAGAUAUAAUGUCAGAAAUUGAAUAUGCAUAUCUUCUUGAGAAACAAAAAGAAGAACCUAUAAUGUUUAUACAACCUCUUAUUAAUACUGACAGUGAUAGAUUAUGUAGUAUAUUUUGGAUGACAGAGGAUCAAAUUGUGUUGUGGUCUCAUUUCUCAGAUAUUGUAUUGCAUGAUAAUACUUUACGAACUAAUAAAUAUAAUUAUCCAUUAUUCUUAUUUAUACUUGUCAAUAAUGAUAGAAGAUCACGUUUAAGAGCACAAGCCUUUUUGAAUGAUGAAACUAAAGAGAGUUAUGAGUGGGCUGUUUUUGCUAGCUCUACUAUAGCUAAUGUAGUUGAAGCAUUAGACUCUCGAAUGCAGAAAGAAGCUUUAAAAAAGAGUUUUAUGAUGUGGAAAUAUAAGUCAACAACAUUUCACCAACCAUUUAUUGUAGAAAACAUUUUUAAUAAUAUGUGUGAAUCAGUAUUGUAUCAAUGUGAAAAAGUACCUAAUGAAGAAGCUUUUGAUUUAAUUGAAAAUCAAUUAUCUCCUUCUUUUUUUAUCUAUGGGCUUCUUGCUUUUGUGUCUUCUUGGCCUCACAUGCCAUUCAAUGAGAUACCGUUAGUAGAUAAUCAAAAUAAUGAAGAUGUCAUGAAUAUUGAAGACCAUUAUGAUCAUCGACAAGCAUAUUUAAAAACAUUAAUAAACUCCGUUUCAAAAGAAUCAAUUCAAGAAGUAUGGCAAAUCAUUCCUUAUAUGCAUUACUUUAAACUGAUGGUGAAAAAUUCAAAUGCAUUGUUUCACGUAAUGUUGAUGUCAAUACAAUGGUUUCAAGACAAUAUUUGGAAUAAAGUUGAAUUAGCUUCGAAUGAAUAUUUUAUUGGAGUAUCAUCUAAACAUUUAAAUAAUUUCUAUGAUAAUAGUUUACAGAGAACUUAUCUGAUUCCUAAACAUUAUAAUAAUGUUCAAGAAGAACAUGUUCACCAACAUAUACGCAAAAAACUAUAUUAUGAUCAACUUAUGGGACAUUUCAAAAAAGUGCUACAUUAUUCAAUAGAAAGUAAUGAUCAAAAUGCUUUAGAUGAUCUUAUAUUGUCUUAUAUUUCAGAAAAAGAAACGAACCGGCAGACAAAUAUGCAAUCAGAAUAUGAAAUCUUAAGAGAAAACAUUAAUUCAAACUGUGAAAUUAAAUUAUUUAAUGGUCAUGUACUUGAUGCUAAUAAUGUUAAAGAUCCAUUAGAACACAUAGUAAGUAAUCAAAAAGAGAAUAAACAUAAGGCUGAUAAUAGUGAUACGAACAAUACUGUUGGUGGUCGUAAAUGUGGAUUGUGUCAUAAAACUGGCCAUUAUGCUCCAAAAUAUCCCACUAAAAAUAGUGAUUGUUAG